AUGUCAAGUCGCCAAAUCAAAUGGCUUCGUGAGCAAAUGAAUAAAAAUAAGAAACCACAGCAAGAAGUAGAAGUUGAUGAUACCCCAAUUGAGAACGACAAUGAUGAUGCCAUCGAUUUUUCUUUAUUGGCCGAUGAAGAAGAAGAUGCUGUAGCGCCCCCUCCACCAGCACCUGUUCCAAAAGCUGCUCCAGUACCACCUCCUGCCAAUAAGAAAGGAAAAUCAAAAGGAAAAAAGGCAGAAAUAGAUGAAGAUGCCGAAUUUGAAGCAUUAGCACUUGAAAUGGAGAAGAAAAAGUCAGAAGCAAAGUCUCAAGCACAACCACAGGAAAAAGGAUUCCCAAUUAACUCGUUAAAUUUCGCAAAAGAAUUAAAGACAAUUCUUAAGACAAAUUCAUACGAUGAGUACCUGAAAAUACCAAAAGCAGCCGCCUCUAACAGAUUCAUUGGAAAGAAGAAGUCUUGGCCAUCUCCUUUCCCUCAAUUUUUCAAGAUGAAUCAACUCGACGAGUAUACAUUUACAAUUGAUUACACAGAUGAUGCACAACAGCAGGUAUCUGUAUUCAACGCAUUCAAGAGGAUGGAUGAUGCGCAAAGCAUUUUCGAAAUGGGAUUACAGUUUCCUUUCUCUCCUUUGACAAUUCCUGUUAUGUGCGGACAACAACUAUUCAACAGAGAAUUCGAUAGAGCUACAGAAACCUGUCUUCGUGGGUUUUAUGUGCUUCAACAAUCUCUUCCUCCAAAUUUCGACCCAUUAAAGUCAAAAAUAGUUCAGUUGCAAGCUUACGAUGAGUUUUUGAACCUUAUUCGUUUCCUUGCUCAGUUCACUUUUCGAAGGUGUUGCUUUGAGACAUCAACAACACUUUGGAAGUUCGGAAUUUACAUUACAAAUGGUCAAGCUAAAGAUUUCAUGCUUCUUGCCCCUGUUUCAGCCCUCUAUGCAAAAGACCUUGAUUUCAUUAAUGAAAUUUUGAAUGGAAACAAUGAUUGGCGUGGUGUUCCAGCUAACUAUAUCCCGGAUUGGUCAUUAUGUCAGGCAUUACUCGCUCUUCCUGAUGAUAUUUUACCGUUAUCCAAAGAAUUUGCUCGUUGGCCAUAUAUUUUCAAAGACAUAGCUGUGAUUGGAGAUAUGGAACCAACACCAUUCAUGGAAUCUCUUGGAACAAUCUUCAGAAGACGUGUAAAGAAGUAUCUCGAAGGAAAAGACGAAAUUCUUCAAACUGCAGCCAUGCUCGCACAAGAUAUGGAUGAAACAGACAGUCAAUCACUCGCUUUGAGCUAUUGGUGCGAUGUUCAAGUCGAUGAUAUCUUCCUUGGAGGUUUCGAUGAAGAAAUGGUUCUCCCAACUGGAUAA